AAUGCCUAAUUAGUGGCAAGCCAUAUCAGAUACGAAGACAUAUUUGGUUUAACAAUUUCCUUAUAAAAAGGUCCUUCAGUAGGCCUAAAAUUCACAACAUAACUCAAAGCAUAAACAAGUACACAGGCACAUACUCAAGUUCUUACAUAAGCAAUUCAGAAUGGCUGCAUCCGGCAGGAGCUUGUCACUUGCAUUUUCCGUGCUUCUCGUCUCAAUGGUGCUUGUUUCGGCUACUGAUAAUGACCAGAGUUCCCUGAAAUCAAGCUCAGAAAAGAUUUUAACAAAGGUGAUCGGCAUUCAAGGGAUUAUUUAUUGCAAAACAGGCUCUCAACUCAUUCCGAUCAAAGAUGCCAUAGCGAGACUAACAUGCCUAGCUGUGGACAAAAAAGGAUACGAAACAGCUCCAUUCUCUAUACUGAGUAAGCCAGCUGAUGCAAAAGGUUAUUACUUCGCUACAUUGUCACCUGCAGAGCUUGAACAGGGAUGGAGGCUGACAAAAUGCAAGGUUUUUCUUGAGAAAUCGCCAUUGAAGAGCUGCAACAUUCCAACUGAUGUGAACAAGGGCAAAACCGGGACGAAUCUUCGUUCUCCAAGACUACUCAAGACAAUGAACCUGUACUCGAUUCCAGCUUUCGUCUACACUUCCAAUGCUCCAGCAGCUGCUGCCAUCCCACCUGUUCCUCGCCCCUACUAGAUGGUCUGCACAUUUUACUUCACCAAUCAUUCAUUUGUAAUUUGUUUUAUGUUCUGUAGCAUGAUAUUCAAAAAUGUAUCUUGAUCAAGAGAAAAUGCAAUUUACUCAUACUUUCAUCCUACACAUUCCAUACUGCAGAAGUUGCUUGAUUGAAACGAGUUAUACAAGAGUGAAAAUAUAAUACACUGAGACUGCAAUUGUCAUCUUAAAAACACAUAAAAACAACAAUGCUGGGAAAAAUCAAGUCGUUCAUACACUAAUCUUGUCCAUUUCUCUCCUAAGAGCAUUAGCCCUGACCAAGCUCCCAAUAGUAUUCACAGCCAGCUUGAUAUCCUCCAAUGGAUUCCCCGGGGCAACCUUCUUGUACAAAUAACUAUCAAACGUCAUCUUCUGCACA